CUUUAAUACACAAAACUUUUCCCCACAAAAGUGUUUUUUGACAUCUUUCUGAGCCAAAUUUGGGGACUAGCUCGUCGACAAAACUCGUGUUCUUCUACAAAUUUACAAGGUAUAAUGAGAUUCUUUUCUUGAUUUCAUUUAUAAGAUUCUUCUUCUCUAGAAGCUUAGACAAAAAAAAACUUCAGAUUCUACGAACUAUAGUGGUUGAAGUAAUUUAUUGAAUAGAAAUUUUGCAUAUAGUGUUUUUGCAAUCAGAGAUAUGGUAGGAAGAAGCUAUAGCUUAGAAACGCGUGGAUUUGAGUCCACCACAGAUCUUAGAAUAGCUCUUUAUGAAAUGAAAGAAGAUGUGCAGAGACUUGAGGAAGAGUUGGAUGCUGAGAGAGAAGCUACUGCUACGUCAGCGAGUGAAGCCAUGUCUGUGAUACUUAGGCUACAAGGCGAGAAAGCGUUGCUUGCUAUGGAAGCUAGCCAGUACAAGAGAAUGGUUGAGGAGAGAAUGUCUCAUGUUGAGUUGUCAAUGGAGCUUUUGGAGGAUUUGAAUUACCAGAAAGAAGUUGAAAUCAAGAAUCUUGAGUGUGACUUACAUGCUUAUAGAUGUAAGCUUAUGAGUUUGGGAUGGAGUGGACUUGAUGAUGAGGAUUGUAUUAGAUUUUGCGAUAGAUCUCAAACACCGUCUCCAGAACCGAAUGAGACGGUUCUUGUGGAGAAGGGUGUUAUAGAGCAGAGCUUGGAUUCAAGAAGAGAUCAUGAGAAGAAUUUAGAUUUGAAUUGGGAAAAGAUCAAGAAGGUGGAUGAGCAGUUGAAAGAGCUUACAGAUUUUCGAGAUUCUGUAAGAGAUCAAUACAAGAUUUUGAAGCAGGAGACAACUUCUGUUUCUGAAACUAAGAAUGGGGAAAAAGGUAUGUGUAAACCUGAUUUGUUGGUGAAAAAGAUGUCCAAGAAAUCAUUGAAACAGAAAAGAGAUAAAAGUAUCAAGAGAGAUCAAGCACUAGGAAGUUGUUCUGCAAAUGAUGCAGAGUAUCAAGCCGAGUUACAGCGGUUGAGAGAGCGAGUAGAGCGACUAGAGCAGGAGAGAUGCAACAAAGAGCCAGCUCAAACUAGUGGAGUAAGUCAAGAAAAUAUGAAUCUGCAGAGAAAAUCAGAAGAAGAGUUAAGUUCUAUGCAAUCUGCAAUGUUUAGUUAUGACUCAGCUAUUGUUUCUGUUCAAGAGGCAAUGCUUUACUUCUGGCUAUGAGACACCCUCUCGUCCAGAGUUGACGGCUUUAGAGCGAGUUAUGAUAUCUACAAAUAGCGAGUUGAUUUUAUAGAAAAGUAUACAAACCUUGAGAACCUUAUAGUGAUAUAUUAAGAUUAGUUUGUCAUUAAAUAUUGUACUUGCAUUCGUUUUUUGUUUGAAGUAAGAUUCACAUCUUGUGUAAAGUUUGAGACUUUGAGAAACAGAUCUUCUUCUGUUUUCUAGAUAUCUCAUGGUUUUGAUCAUACUUUAUCAUAUUUUGGUGGACAAAAUG